AUGGAAUCUAAUAAUCAUACAGAACAAACAAAAAAACAAUUACAUCAAAUCAAUGAUUAUGUUGUAUUGCAUACUCAAGUCGAAUCUUGUAUUAGUUUUAUUCAAUCGAUUUAUAAUGAAAAAAUUAUUUUCGUCUCUUCAAUUUAUGAUGUAUCACAAAUAUUACCUCAUAUUACGACUCUAUCUCAAAUUGACAGCAUCUUUAUCUUCAACUGGGAAAAAGUCGAUAGUGAACAUUUAGUUCUUGAAUAUUCAAAACUUAUUGGUAUCUAUGAUGAACUCAAUUUAUUGUGUUUAUCAAUUCAAGAACAAAUCGAUUUUCUCGAUCAACAUUUACAAACAUUUAGCUUCUUUGAUGAAGAUGAACAUUUGAUAAAAGAUCUGUCAAAACAAACUGCUGAUCUUCUUUGGUUUCAACUUUAUCAUGAUGUUCUGUUUGAGUUAACACACGAUGAGGAAGCUAAACAAGAAAUGAUCGAUGUAUGUUGUUACUAUUAUCGAAACAAUAUCAAAGAAUUGGAAAUGAUUAAGAAGUUUGAAAAUGAAUAUCGAUCAGAACAAGCUCUUAAAUGGUAUUUGAAAAAAUCCUUUCUCUACAAAAUUAUCAGAAAAGCAUUAAGAAUCAAAGAUUUCGAUCAACUCUACAUAUUUCGGUAUUUUAUGAAAGAUCUAACGGAAAGUCUCGUUCGAGAAUAUCAAAAGAUUAUUCAAUCUGGUAAAGACAAAUUAUUCAUGUAUCGUGGAAUGAAAUUGAGAAGUGAUCAAAUCGAAAAAUUCAAAGAGAACGAAGGUAAACUCGUUUCAAUCAAUGAAUUUUUCACAACAAAUGUGCUUCGUUCAACUGCAUUAAAACAAGCGAUGAAAUCUUCGAAACAAACUGAUCUCAUUUCUGUUCUCAUAGAAAUUCAAUGCGAUCUACAACAUCUGAACAACAAUGUUAUUAUUACUGACAGCUUUCAUUUCAGUGAAUUACCAUAUGAAGAACAAGAAGAAAUUAUCUUCGAUUCAAAUGUCACUUUUCGAUUAGAGAAUGUUACACUGAAAGAAGACAUAUGGUUGAUUAAAAUGAGUGCAUCAAAUGAAGGUCAAAUUAUCAAAGAAAAAUAUAUCAAAGACUCAUAUCGACAAAUAGAAGAUCUAAGCAUCACAAAUCUCUUUGGACGAUUGAUGUGUGAUAUGGGCCAAUGGAAUCAAUCACAACACUUCUUUCAACAUUUAUUGAACAACUCAAAUAACAACAAUGAAGAUCUCGCAAAGAUUGAAUAUAGUCUUGGUGAGAUUCUUCAAUGGAAAGGUGAAUGGAGUGAAGCACGUAAAUACUAUGAUCGUACGUAUAGUCGGAUAAUGAAUAUGAAACCAACACGAAUUAAGGAUUCAGCUAAUAUUCUCUUCAAUAUUGGUGAAAUUCUCUAUCUAGAAGGAAAGUACGAAGAAGCUCGUGAUUAUUAUGAACAAGCAUUUGCAAUGCGAAACGAAUAUUAUUCUUCUACAAAAGUUGAUAGACCUUGUCCAUUGAAUCGCCAACACAAUUGUUUGUUAAGUCGUGUUUGGGCACCAUUCUGGUCAAUUUUAUUGAAUUCAGGCGGAUUCUUUCAAUCAUAUUCCGGAUGGUUUUGGACUAUAUACUUCCUAGGAAUUUUUCGUUGGUUCCGCUCGAAAUAUGCAGCAAACAGAAUAGAACUUGUUAAUGAGCAUUCAAAAAAAACUCAGUUACAAGAAAUAUGUCGAAACUUACAGGAAACUGGUUGGUUACAGUUGAGCGUGACUCACCUGGAUGGUCAUGUCCCUAUUGCUGCUAGUCUCCGUAGCUUUGGUAAAAUUCUCUUUCGACAAGUCAAGUAUGAUGAAGCACUUAUCUUUCAUAAACAAGCACUUGCAAUGCUCGAAGAAUAUUAUCAAUGUUCUCAUAUCGAUAUCGCUGUUAGUCUUGCCUACAUUGGUCAGGUUCUUACAUAUCAAGCGAAGUAUGAUGAAGCGCUCGAUUUCUGUCAACGAGCAAUGUCAAUCUAUGCAAGAUAUUAUCCAAAUGGUCAUGUAAACAUGGCUUCCACCUUCAACUACAUCGGUUAUAUUCUCUAUCUCGAAGGUAAACAUGAUGAAGCUCUGAAGAUAUAUGAACGAGCAUUGGCAAUGCAACAAAAACGUUAUCCAUCUGGUCAUGCCGAUAUAGCUCGUACUCUUUGUGGAAUAGGAAAUGUUCAUUAUGAACAAGGACAAUAUGAUAAAGCCAUUGCAUUUCAGGAACAAGUACUGAAAAGUCUACAGAAAUAUUAUUUUCCUGGUCAUGACGAUAUUAUUUGUAUUCUAAACAACAUUGGCUAUAUAAAAAAAGAAAAAGGAAAGUAUGAUGAAUCUCUUGAUUUUCAUCAACAAGCAUUAGCACUUCAAAAGAAAUAUUAUCCAUCUUAUUAUGCUAAUAUCGCUAACACUCACAAUUACAUCUUUGGUGUACUAUUUUGCCAAUCAAAAUAUGAUGAAGCUCUACGUUAUUGUCAACGAGCGUUAACGAUGCAAGAAAGCUAUUAUCCUUCGGGUAAUGCCGUAAUGGCCUUGAGUCUCAGCAACAUUGGCAACGUCUUAGAUAAGCAAGGAAAAUACAAUGAAGCUGUUGAUUUUCUUCGACGAGCACUAGCAACUAUUGAAAAACACAGUCCAUCUGAUCAUUCUUCCAUUGCUUUUUAUAUGAACAAUAUUGGAAUCAUAUUAUGCAAACAAGAACAGUAUGAUGAAGCUCUUGAUUAUCAUCGAAGAGCACUUGAAAUGCAAGAAAAAUAUUGUUUAUCUUGUCAACGUGAGAUAGCCAAUACUCUCAAUUACAUCGGUAAUGUUCUCAUUGGACAGAAAAAAUACGAUGAAACUUUGAUGUUUUAUCAACGUGCACUCAAAAUGCAAGAGAAGUAUUAUCCAAAUGAUCAUGUAGAUAUUGCGACAACCCUCAUUAAUAUUGGCACAACAUUUCGUCACCAACAAAAAUUCGAUAAAGCUAUUGAAUAUCAUCAAAAAGCAUUAGAAAUUCAAGAGAAAUAUUAUCCACCAGGUAGUAUCUUCAUAGCUGAUACUAUCAAUCGUAUCGGUCAUAUUCUGUACGACGAAAGAAAGUAUGAUGCAGCAAUUGACUAUUAUCGACGUGCACUUUCAAUGCAAGAGAACUUCUAUCCUGAUGGUCACAUAGAUAUUUCUCAUACUUUCAACUUUAUUGGCAACACUCUAUAUGAACAAAACAAGUGCGAUGAAGCUCUUAAGGUUUUUCAAAAAGGUUUGGCUAUUCAAGAAAAACAUUAUGAAUUUGCUCAUGUCGACGUCGCAAAGAGCCUGAACUCUAUUGGUCAUGUGCUAUAUAGCCAAGAGAAAUAUAAUGAAGCUAUUGAUUUCUAUCAACGAUCAUUAACUAUUCGAGAGAAAUUCCAUCCAUUUGGUUAUGCUGGUAUCGCUACCGUUCUUAGCAAUAUUGCCAAUGCUCUGUAUAAGCAAAGAAAGUAUGAUGAAGCUCUUAACUUCAAUCAACGAGCAUUAACAGUUCGAGAGAAAUUUGAUACAACUAAUCAUGUUGGCAUUACUGAUAGCCUGAUAAAUAUCGCCAAUGUUCUAAGAGAUCAAGAAAAGUACAAUGAAGCUAUCGAGUUCCAACAACAAGCAUUAAUGAUACGAGAACACCAUUAUCCUUCUAAUCAUGUGAACAUUGCUUAUAGUUUGUGCAACAUUGCUAAGAUUGUGACUAUACAAAGAAAAUAUGAUGAAGCUCUCAAGUUCUAUCAACGAGCGCUGAGAAUCUAUGAAGAAUGUUGUCCAUCGAAUCCUAUUGAUAUUGCUAAUGGUCUUAUCAAUAUUGCUGAUGUUCUGAGAAAACAAGAAAAUUACAUAGAAGCCAUUGAAUUUCAACAGAGAGCAUUGACAAUUCGAGCAAAAACGUAUUCCUCUCAUCAUGAGAUUAUUGCGGAUAGCUUGAAUCGCAUUGCUCACAUUCGAUUUGAUCAAGGAGAAUACGAUUUAGCACUCGACUAUUAUCAACAAGCUUUAACAAUCCUCGAAAACGGCUAUCCAUGUGGUCAUGUUGAUAUUGCUGAGAGUCUUCGAUGUAUCAGUAUUACCCUAAAUAUGCAAAGCAAGUAUGAUGAAGCUCUCGAUUUCUGUCAACGAGCAAUGACAAUUUAUGAGCAACAUUAUCCAUCUGGUCAUACAAAUCUUUCUAUUUGUUUGAGUUGUAUUGGUUAUAUACUGAGUAAUCAAGAAAAAUAUGAUGAAGCUCUCGAUUUUUAUUAUCGAGCACUAAAAUUUGACAAGAAGGAUUCAUCCAAUCAUUCGAAUACCGCUACUUGUCUGAAUAACAUAGCUCAAAUUUUAAAAAAUCAAAGAAAAUAUGAUGAGGCAUUGGAUUUGCAACAACAAGCGUUGGCAUUUCUUAAAAGUAACUCAUCUAAUGAUCAAUUCAGAAUUGCUAACAGUCUCAAGAACAUUGGUAGUACUCUGUUUACGCAAACAAAAUAUGAUGAAUCUCUCAACUUUUACCAACAAGCAUUGAUCAUAUUCGAAGAAUAUUAUUCCAAUGAUCAUGUUGAAAUUGCUCAUUGCCUAUAUUGGAUCGCUGCUAACUUCAAUAGAAAUUUUCAGUUCGAUCUUGCUAUUGAAUAUUUGCGCAGAUGUUUAUUAAUUAAAGAAACCAAUUUAUCAUCAAAAGAUCUAUCCAUUGCUACCAUACUUGAGUCUUUAUCACAAGUACAAAGAAGCAGAGGUGAAUAUGAACUCUCUCUUAUAUAUGAGCAUAAUUGUUUCUUAAUGCGUCUUAAAGUUCUACCACCAUAUCAUGAGAACAUAGGCCAUAGUUUAUCAAAUAUAGGUGAAAUUUACGAAAACCUUGAUAAACCUACAUUGGCACUCGAUUAUUAUCAACAAGCAUUAGUUAUCUACAGACAAUGUCUACCUUCCUGGCAUAAUGAUCUAUGGAUGAUGAAAUCGAAUAUUGAACGACUUUCGGAAGAACUUGGAAUAGAAUUCGAUUAA